UUGCAGCACGCGGGAUCUUCAUUGCAGCAUGUGGGAUCUUUUAGUUGCGGCAUGCGAGAUCUAGUUCCCUGACCAGGGAUCGAACACAGGCCCGCUGCGUUGGGAGCGUGUAGUCUUAACCAUUGGACCACCAGGGAAGUCCUCCCAGUAAUAUUCUUCAUAAUAAUGUUCUCAGAGCUGAUUGAAGUAUAAGGAAGUUGCCUCAUAUCAAAUAGCCCAAGACUUUCCCUGUAAGAGCCAUAGUCCCAGAUCUGAUUUGUGGUUUCCAGUUUAUUGUGUGUUAUCCUGGCUUCUUAGAAUGAUAUGUAAAAUAAAAGUAAAAAGGCUCUGAGUGGGGCCUAGGAGCUGUGCUGUGAUUGGAAUCCAAGUGGCACCGCUACUGAGUGGUCGGAUAUGUAAAUCCCAUUUAGAAUCUUAUUCUAAGAACUCAGACACUCAGGUAUCCACCAUGGUGUUGGGUCCUGAGCAGAAGAUGCCAGAUGAAGAUGCUUCUGGAGACCACGGGGAUUCUGCCAGUCUUGGGGCCAUCAACCCUGCCUACAGUAACUCCUCUCUUCCACAGUCCCCCGGGGGGCACUCAGAGGACGCUUUCACCACGUACUUUGAUGAGAAGAUCGCCAUUCCUCAGGAGGAGUACUCUUGUUUUAGCUUUCGUAAACUCUGGGCUUUCACGGGACCGGGAUUUCUUAUGAGCAUUGCCUACCUGGAUCCAGGAAACAUUGAAUCUGAUUUGCAGUCUGGAGCAGUGGCUGGAUUUAAGUUGCUCUGGGUUCUUCUGAUGGCCACCAUCGUGGGGCUCCUGCUCCAGCGCCUUGCAGCUAGACUGGGAGUGGUCACUGGGCUGCAUCUUGCUGAAAUGUGUCACCGUCAGUAUCCCAGGGUUCCACGAAUUAUCCUGUGGCUGAUGGUGGAGUUGGCUAUCGUUGGCUCAGAUAUGCAAGAAGUUAUUGGCUCCGCCAUUGCCAUCAAUCUCCUCUCUGCAGGAAGGGUCCCGCUAUGGGGUGGAGUUCUUAUCACCAUUGCAGAUACCUUUGUAUUUCUCUUUUUGGACAAAUAUGGCUUACGGAAGCUAGAAGCAUUUUUUGGUUUUCUCAUCACUAUUAUGGCCCUCACAUUUGGAUACGAGUAUGUUACAGUGAAACCCAGCCAGAUCCAGGUCCUCAAAGGCAUGUUCCUGCCAUCCUGUUCAGGCUGUCGUACCCCACAGAUCGAGCAGGCUGUGGGCAUCGUGGGUGCUGUUAUCAUGCCACACAACAUGUACCUGCAUUCUGCUUUAGUCAAGUCCAGACAGGUAGACCGAGCCAAUAAGGAGGAAGUUCGGGAAGCCAAUAAGUACUUUUUCAUUGAAUCCUGCAUUGCUCUUUUUGUUUCCUUUAUCAUCAACGUCUUUGUCGUCUCAGUCUUUGCUGAAGCAUUUUUUGAGAAAACCAACGAGCAGGUGGUUGAAGCCUGUAGAAGUAUCAGCAGCCCCCAUACUCACCUUUUUCCUGACGAUAACUCAACACUGGCUGUGGACAUCUACAAAGGGGGUGUUGUGCUGGGGUGUUACUUCGGGCCUGCUGCACUCUACAUCUGGGCAGUGGGGAUCCUGGCUGCAGGACAGAGCUCCACCAUGACAGGAACCUACUCUGGCCAGUUUGUCAUGGAGGGAUUCCUGAACCUAAAGUGGUCACGCUUUGCCCGAGUGAUUCUGACCCGCUCCAUUGCCAUCAUCCCCACUCUGCUUGUUGCCGUCUUCCAAGAUGUAGAGCAUCUGACAGGGAUGAAUGACUUCCUGAAUGUUCUUCAGAGCUUACAACUUCCCUUUGCUCUCAUACCCAUCCUCACGUUUACGAGCUUGCGGCCGGUAAUGAGUGAAUUUGCCAAUGGACUAGGCUGGAGGAUCGCAGGCGGUAUCUUGGUCCUUAUCGUCUGUUCCAUCAACAUGUACUUUGUCGUGGUUUAUGUCCAGGACCUAGGGCAUGUGACAUUGUAUGUGGUGGCUGCUGUGGUCAGCAUAGCUUAUCUGAGCUUUGUGUUUUACUUGGGUUGGCAAUGUUUGAUUGCACUGGGCAUGUCCUUCCUGGACUGUGGGCACACGCUUUCCCUGUCUGUCUUACAGGAGCUGAAUACUUACCUACGUCUGGGAUUGACAGUUCAGCCUGAACUCUACCUUCUGAACACCGUGGAUGCUGACUCACUUGUGUCUAGAUGACUGACAGCCUGAGAGACUCUAUAAGACCCACUUUCUCUUAGUCCUUUUGUGCCAAGUGUCCUGUUAACGUAUCUCUGUUAGUUCAGUGGUGAGUUUUGUUCAACCAUUUUGAGCAGAAGGCAAAGAUUUCCUCAUGGGACGGGUGUUAAAAGCUGACAGCUUUAAGUGUAGGUCAGAGACCCGGAGAGUCCUGCAACUGCCAGAGUUAAAUUUUUAGCCCGUGAUGGUCACACACCCCUAUGGGCUUGUGUCUCGACUUCUGGAAUUUAAAAUAUAUAUAUGUGUGUAUGUUUAGGUAAACCUGAACAUAUCAGUUUGGGUAGAGUUUUAAGGUUAUAUAAAAAUGAUAGAUCUUUUGUAUUUUUUUAACAAAUGUUGCUCAGAUAAAUCAGGUAUUUAUUUUGUCUGGAUCGCAAGUGACAAAGGAAAAGGAGCAUUGUUCUUUUUCAGAGUGAACUGGUCAAGCUGACUUACUUUUAAAGUGAUACUUGACUAUAGCCAGUUAAAUUUCACUUUGAUUUUUAUUGACCGAACCUUGGUGACUACUGAUUCUAGCACAUCAUUUCCAAAGAAAACACUUCUUCUAUUUGGCAUGUUUAA